AUGGAGCAGGCUCCAGGCAGCGCUAGUCGCGCUAGUAAGGGAAACAUUCAAGUUGAUGAAGCACGCCUUGAAGCGGCUUUGGGUCAUAAGCAAGAACUGGUUCGUGGAUUUGGAUUAUUUAGCUUGACCAGUCUGGGAAUUAUUAUCGCAAAUUCCUGGGCGGCUACUGGAGGAACUAUCGUGACUGCCCUGUACAAUGGCGGGCCUAUGGCCGUUUUAUAUGGGCUGAUCUUGGUCACGGUCUUCUAUGCAUGCAUCUCCGCCUCUCUCUCUGAGCUAGCUUCGGCAAUUCCCUCGGCGGGUGGUGUCUACCAUUGGUCGUCCGUUGUCGCAGGCAAGUAUGGUCGCGCUGCAGGCUUUUUCACGGGCUACCUCAAUGCCUGCGCCUGGUUGCUGUCGGCAGCUUCGAUGAGCUCGGUGCUUGGAAAUGAGGCAGUUGCCAUGUAUCUCCUCCGGCAUCCGGGUGUAGAGUGGCAUAGCUGGCAGCCCUUCAUUGUUUUCUUGAUAGUAUUAUGGAUGUGUUGUGCUAUUGUGUGCUUGGGAAACCGGUACCUUCCCCUCAUCAACCGGAUUUCGCUGGUGCUGUCCAUGGGUGGUUUGUUUAUAACCAUUGUCGUGUUGGCCGUGAUGCCCCGCGGCCGACGCGCCAGCAAUGAUCAAGUCUGGCGAACUUACUACAAUGAGACUGGCGGCUGGUCUGACGGCAUCUGCUUUCUCUCUGGACUCUUGAAUGCAGCCUUUGCGGUUGGGACUCCGGACUGUAUUAGCCACUUAUCCGAAGAGGUCCCCCAGCCAGAGAGAAAGGUCCCACAGGGCAUUAUGCUGCAGCUUCUGACCGCAUUCCUCACCGCGUUCGUCUAUCUCAUUGCGCUGUUCUACGGGAUCAAUGAUAUUGACGCCGUCUUUAACACCAACGUCAAUUACUUUCCCGUUGCCGAGAUCUACCUACAGGCUACAGGCUCUACAGCGGGGGCAGUCGGUCUUAUCGCCCUGCUCUUCCUAGCCACCUUUCCCACGCUGGUGGGAACCCUGACAACCGGUGGCCGGAUGUGGUGGUCACUUGCGCGCGAUAAUGCCACUCCCUUCCCCUCGUUCUUUGGCCAAGUGCACCCCACGUUGGAUUGCCCGGUAAAUGCCACAGUGGCCAUGGCAGUGAUGGUUUCCUGCCUGGGCUGUGUUUACGUCGGUAGCACCACCGCGUUCCAAGCAUUGAUCUCGUCAUUUAUUGUUUUGAGCACGCUCUCCUAUGCUGGUGCUAUUGUUCCGCAUAUUCUAUCCCGGCGACGAAGUGUAGUCCUGGGACCCUUUGCGAUGCCCCACAAGAUUGGUUAUGUGGUUAAUUUCCUCGCGGUACUCUACAUCGCCGUCACGGUGGUGUUCUUCUGCUUCCCCUUUACUUUGCCCGUCACCGUUCAGAAUAUGAACUACACAAGUGUUAUUACUGUCGGUCUUAUGACCCUUGUCGGCAUCUGGUGGUUGUUCCAAGGUAUGAGGACUUACAAGGGCCCUACCUAUAGCCGGGAGGCGGCUGAACGGCUGGCGAUGGGUAAAGCAGAGUCGUCCGCUGAUAUGAGUGCAAUGGCCGAAAUGUAA